UGUGCCAGUGGAUUUUUACACAGUUCACACGCUCACAAAAUGCUGAUCGCCUCAGAUAUAUAAGGACCCAACUGAACCAGCAAUACAAAUAAAAUCAUGGAUCAAGCCUAUAUGGGCAUGGAGGACGUAUCAGGUAGCAACGUAAAGUUGAGAAGGCUGGUAGAAACUUCAGAAGACAAUUCUAUCGAUGAUGAAGUGAGUCAAACUGUGCAAUGUGAAACGACUGGACUUGGACUCCCAGGUUCUGAAUUUGUAAAGAAGAGUUACUGCAGAGCUUCUGUGAUUCUUCUGGGUCUGCUGUGUCUUUUCCUCCUGAUUGGACUCAUAACUGUGGUUUUUCUCUUCACCCAAGGCAAAUCUCAGUGGGAAAUGGACACAGUGUUGCAACACAGGCUUUACAACAACUUGACCAGCGAGAGAAACCAGUUACUGACCAGUUACAACAACCUGACAAUCAAACGAGAACAGUUACUGACCAGUUACAACAACUUGAAAACUGAAAAGGACCAAUUGCUGACCAGUUACAACAACCUGACAAUCGAACGAGAACAGUUACUGACCAGUUACAACAACUUGAAAACUGAAAAGGACCAAUUGUUGACCAGUUACAACAACCUGACAGUCCAACGAGAACAGUUACUGACCAGUUACAACAACUUGAAAACUGAAAAGAACCAAUUGCUGACCAGUUACAACAACAAAGUUAAAGAGAGAGACCAGCUCCAGACAAGAUUUGAAGACAUGACCAAAAAUAGAGACAAUCUUCAGAGAAAGCUUCAAGAUUGUCGAGAAAACUGGGUGGCCUUCAGUGAUAGUUUGUACCAAGUGUCUUCGGUGAGGAAAUCCUGGGAAGAAAGCAGACAAGACUGUCUUCAAAAAGGUGCACACCUGAUGAUUAUCAACAGCCGAGAGGAACAGAACUUUGUGAACCAGUUCAAGAAGAAUUUGUGGAUUGGACUGACUGACUCACAGACAGAGGGGACAUGGAAAUGGGUGGAUGGGACUCGAACGAGCACAAGCUACUGGAAUCGGAGGAAUGGUGAGCCAAAUGGUGGCACACAGCAAAAUUGUGGAGAGAUAGAUAAUUACAAUGCAGAAGACAGCUGGAAUGAUGCACCAUGUUCCAAUGGACAAUUCUGGAUAUGUGAGAAGAGAGUUUCUCCAUAACUUAACAUCCACACCCAACAAAUACUGCAGAACACAGAGCCAUGAAAUGAAGCUGAACAGAAAGCAGUGGACACUUACAGCGGGAAAAAUAAGUAUUGAACACAUCACCAAUUUUCUGAGUAAACAUAUUUCUAAAGGUAUUAUUGAAAUAAAAUUCUGUCAGUAACAACCCAUCCAAUCCAUACAUGCAAGUAAAUCAAACUAUAGAUGUAUGUAAAUUAAGUCGUGUUUUUCUCCUUGUCACAUGAUCUGUAAAUAGUGUCUCUGUAUGUUUAUACUAAAUUUUGUGUAACACAAAACAUGUGUCUGAAAUGACACACAGGGGAACUUGGGCAGGGAUGGCUCAGUAGGUAGAGUGGUCGCCCCAUGAUCGGAAGGUCGGGGGUUUGAAUCCACUGAACGGCUACCCUGCGGUACCCCUGAGCAAGGUACUGUCCCUACACACUGCUCCCCAGGUACCUGCUUAGUGGCUCCCCACUGAGUGAAUGGGUCAAAUACAGAGUAAAACAAGUAAUUUCCCCACGGGGAUCAAUAAAGUAUUAUUAUUAUUAAAUACUGGCUUAGCCAAACCAAAUGACACACAAAUGGUAAAAAAUGGCUGCCACAUAACCAACUAAUAGAAAACAAUUAAACAAACUUGAACACCCGCCCCAGGCAAUGGAGCAUGUGGUUUCAUCCAAUUAGGCUGCCAGUGGUACUUCAGCUCUCCCUUUGCCACACUUUUUGCCAGCCAGGAAGGAGAAGCCAAACCCCAGGUAACUCAAACUAAGAAAGAUGUAUAAAUAUAACAUAAAACAGAACUUUGACCUUGCAGUGUUAAUAUGUGUGCACACCAUUGGAACAUUGGAAGGUGUAAUGAAAAAAUAAAUUAAUAAACGAUAUUGGAUAAUAAGUAGAAUUACAUUUAAGGUAGUGACUGCAAAGUAAACUAAAGUGAAUCAACUGGUGGUGAGGUGUGGAGCUUACCAUGUGUGGCUUGCCAUCACUUGCAUACUUCGAUUGGCCCAAUAGCAGCGAGACUAGUAUGGGACCAACUUGUAAUACAGUAUUCAAUAUGAGCCAGUAUCACAGAGUACAGGAAUGUAAUCGCUGCUGUGUCUGUUCAUGAUAUGUGGAUAUGUCUAAAGUUCUGUAUAUUAACAUUUACAGUUUUCACUAAAUUUUUAACAUGUUUUUUAAAGGGAUAAUUUCGAGUCUAGUAGCACUCCCAAAUACUUAAAUUCCUCAACAUUAAUUAGUUCUUGUGCACCCAAGCGACCUUUUACUGCAACCACGGUUGUUUUAGGUUUACUAAAAAACAUUGAUACCGUCUUUUUCUCCAAUGAAUAAAAUAAUUGCAAAUGUUAAAUGGGAUAGUUAAUCUGUGAGGUUUUGAACGUGACAUCAAGCACACAUUGCUCAAGGACUUGAUAAGCAGUAGCGAUCACGUCCAAUCUCUAAUAUGUAUAGAAUUUUAUAGAAACUAUCACAACUUUUCCCCCUCACGAUGCUUAUAUUCUGUUGUGCUGCUGGGUGCAGCAAUCAUCAAGGACAGAAAGAGAAUCUUUUUUUUUUUUUUUUACUGUAGUGAUGUGAAAAUGAAGCCAUGAGCCAGUAUUGAACCACUUCAUCAACUGUAUUAAAAAUAGGUUCAUUCAUUCAAAGCUUUGUUUCAGUGACAUCUAGUGGCGAAAUAGGAGAGAGCAAAACAAUGUCUUAAUGAUCAUGUCCUAAGUGUAAUGAAGGUUUGUGUGAAUGAUAUAAAUACCCUUUGGAAAGAUUGAUUGACUGGUCAGUUGGAAGAAAGUGUGCUUGGGGAAACGGAGGAUGUGCUGGGAUGGUAGGGUGUGCUUGUGUAACUGGGCCGGGGUGUAUUUAUGUACGUGUUUGGGAUUGAAAGAUUUUUAAUGAUAAACAAUAUUUUUUCCACUGUUUGUGUUUAUUUCUUUCCGACAAAUUUCGACCAGUCAUGUGAUUCAGUCAGAUAAAUAGAACAGUACAACAAUUAUAACUUACUUACGAUUGUAACUUGCUUAUUUUUAAAAUCACCAGUAUCUGUUUCAAACAAUAUUUAUACUAUAACUAUAUUUUCACUAUUUUUUCUAUUUUUUUCUUUCUCAUCUUCUUAGCAAAAGCUCCUUGAUCUGGGAGCUUUUGCUAUGUCAUUGGAGAUGGCUGAGCAAGCCAUAAUUCUUCCAGUACUCUUGCCUUCUCGUCUCUGUCUCAUCUUCCUUCUACAAAUACUUUGUUACUGUACAUAAGUAGAAUUUUCAGAUAUCUAUCCUUUUGGUUUUGAUUUGAGGGGGGUUAUUAUUUUACAUCAGUGUGCCUUUAAACAUCAAACCGAUUUGAGCAUCAACAGUAAUAAAAAGAGAUGAAAGAGGCAAGAAAAAAAAUGUG